UCGAAAUCUCAAACAAAUAAAAAACAAUACUAAUUCAGACCCCCAAAACCCUCAUUUCAGACCAAAACCGCUCUUCCGUUCUCACUUCUCAAAACUCUCACAUCUAAUUUCGAUGACAUAAAAAUCGUUGAUAGAUUGAUUUUCUUUCCACAAUUGUUCCAAUCACCGGAAAAUUUGAAUCAGAAUUUUGUGUUCAUUUUAGGGUUUAUUGAAGUCUGAAAGAUGGAUCUUUCACAAGAAACGGAAGAUUACAUUCGUGAAUCGAUCGAGUACUCUCUUGGCCUCCCUGUUUCCACACAAACACUCCAAUUAAAGCUUCGCGCCUCUGAAGAAUCCCUUACUCACCUUCGCAAUCAGUAUCUUUCUCUACAAGCCAAAUUGAAAGAGAAAGAUGCAACAAUCGAACGCACUAGGGCUGAGUCAAGUAUGAAUGCUUCAGCGUUGAAGAAGUUUGUGGAGGAAAAUCAGAGAUUGGCGGUGGAGUGUUCGAACUUGUUGGCACAAUGCAAGAGGUGGGAGAAAGAGUGCUCUUUGUAUGAUCAUGAUCGCGAGGCAUUAAUGGAUUUUGGAAAUGAGGCGGAUGAGAGAGCCAAGGAAGCUGAGAUUCGAGUUCAUGAUCUGGAGGAGGAGGUUCAGAAGUUAUCUGAGGAAUUGCAUUUUUACAAGUCACAAUAUGAGGCCCAACUGGAUGAUACAGCCACGGACGAUGUUUCCGUGGAAGAAAAUCUGCUCGACACUUUGCUGGAAACUCUGAUUGGUAAAGAUGAUGCUGCAUCAACAGCACAUGCAUUUCUGGAGGCAAAUGGUGGUAUGGAAGUUUGCCAAAGAUUGUUGACAAAGUGGAAGCGAUUGAGGCCAUCGACACAAAAGGCUGUUGCUCUGGCUGCUGAGGUCAAGACUCUGCAAAAAGAAAAGGAACAUUUGAGGAUAAAUCUCCAUAAAGCUGAAGAUGAGGUGCAAGUGUUGUUUGAAGAAAACAGUGUUUUGGAUAAGGAGAAUAAGAGGCUGAUAAGGCUAUACCAGAAAGAGAAGAACACACCUAGUUCUGUUGGAAAACCUUCUUCUGGCAAGGGUAACAAAAGGAAAUCAAGCCCCAAGAUAAGCAGUCCAGUCGAGGGAAAACUUGAUUUCAGCGAGGUUGAUUCAUUGAGGCAGCCUUUAUCACCUUUACGAGAAAACUCACCUGAAUAUAGAUCAUGCAAGAAGUAGCAGGAGAAGUAACAUACUGCAAUUUCUUCUUCUCAUUUUAGGUUUUUCGUGUAUCUAAAAGAAGGGUGUUACGAUUCUCGGUAACUGUAAAAAGUAACAUACUAUGUCAUCUUCCCCAAAUCGCCUUCAAGAAUUUGUUCUUCCUUGUGUUAAGGAUGAUCGAGAAGCUUUUAACCGGAUAUGAAGUCUGUUUGCUCUAUUGAUUGACAUGUUUUAUCUUUUUAGGAGAAUGUUAGGAAAAUUCUGUUAUCGAUUUAA